AUGGCUCAAGCCGAGGGUAUCAACAUCGAUAUCGAUGGCGAGCUACCCUGCAAGUCGCGGAGGUACGGACUAUCCGACACCCGAGCCGGAAGAUUUAACUUAUCACCUGAUGAGUGGGCAAAUGCACAAGGCAGCAAAAUUACCCUGAGGAAGGGAUGCCCUUGUCAUGACCGUAGUGAUAAUACGGAUACGGAUAGUUCCGAGUCAUCCCUUCGCAGACCCUGGUUGUGUGGAAUGUGGCCAACCCGUUCAACCGAUGCAGAAAGUUAUGGUAGGAGCAAGGGUCUGUUGGGGCAAAAGUCUCCCGUGGUUGGCGAGUCAACAGAAUGA